AUGAAAAACAAACCCAACAAAUAUGGAAUAAAAUUGUAUGCUCUCUGCGAUUCAUCAACCGGUUAUAUGCUAAACUGUGAUGCAUGUACAGGUUCUGCAGGCAGUGUUGACAAUAGGUUGCGUUCACAGUACUUUGGCAAAGGACAUUGCAUUUAUAUGGAUAGGUACUACACCUGUCCAUCUCUUUUGGACAUGUUGUGGGAAAAUAAAGCUCUUGGAGUGGGAACUGUAAUGAAAAACAGGAAAGGUUUGCGACGAAUAUUCAGAACACUAAAACUAAAAAAAAAAUUUGUUUUUCAAACGAAAUUCCAUCUCUUGUCAGUGAAGUGGAAGUCAGAAAGAGAUGUUGUUUAUCUUUCCACAAAGCAUAAGUCUACCAGCACUAGUAUUCAAGUGAGGGCCAAAGGUGGAAUAGCAGAAAUUGUAAAUUUUAUUUUAUGUAAAGAGAACACUAGGAAGAAUGUAUCCCUAGUAGACGUUAUUCAUAGAGUGGGGAAGAAAUUAGCUGAGAAGGGCGGAAAUAUUUUUCACCAACCAGCCGCUUCAUCCUCACAAAUUGAGAGGACAUUUGCAAGGCACUUUCCGGAGAAGGUCCCACCCACUGCAAACAAGGUGAAUACUACUAGGAAUUGCAAAUUAUGUUCAGACAGGGGUAAGAAAGAGACGGGUAAGCGCAUCAGGAAGGAAAACAGAUGGUGGUGCAAGGCCUGUGGCAUUGGCCUUUGCUCCCACAGUGUUUCCAGGAUUUUCACACAAAGGCUAACUACAUCUGAACUAUUAAAAUACUCUAGUUUACAGGUACCUGCAGUUAGACAGCACGGUGAUAUUUUGUUUUAA